AGACUCCAAGAGUACUGUGUUACCCGCAUGAGUUUCACUGGUUUUGUUGAAUUUUAGCUGUGACUUCCUUCUUCCUUGUUCCUUCCAGCCUCUUCCAUUAUUGUUGCAUUUAGACCCUGCCCCGCUACUCUCACACACAUUCCUCUACGCUGCGUAGACUUCAAGCUUUGCUUCAUCUCGAGGAACGAGAUUUCGUUUGUCCUUUUGACACGCGCCGACUCUAAUUCCCGUGAUAGGGGACGGAGGAGGAGGAGGAGGAUAAGAGGACGAAGGAAACCCUAACAAUCGGAUAUGGGUAGGAAGAAGCCUACGGCACGCAACGACGAUAACGUGCCUGCUGCAUCACAGGGAGGCGGCAAAUCGAAGAAGAAGGUCGUUGUCGACGAUAAUGAGUAUGACAUCGGUGACCUCUCCGAGGAGCCGCAGCCUGUGGCACCACCAGCUGCCAAGAAGAAGGGCAAAAAGGAUAAUGCCAAAGCUAAGGCAAAGGGUAAGGACGUCGAAGAUGAUGACGAUGAUGUGGCAAUUAGUGCGGCUGGGGACGAUGAUGAGGAUGAGGAUGCUGGGAUUGUGUUUGCUGGGAAGAAGAAGAAGGGUAAAUCUAAGAAAGGUGGUGGAGGCAGUGUGUUCGCUGCUGCAUCUGGUUUUGGCUUGCUUGGUGAUGAUGACGGUGAUGGUGGUGAUGAUGAAGACGAUGACAAAUCUGGGAUAACUGGUGAGGGUGGUGACGCUGAGGAGGAGGAGGACGAGGAGGCUGUGGUUAGUUUUACAGGGAAGAAGAAGCCUUCUAAGGGCUCGAAAAAAGGUGGUGGCAGUGUGUUCAGUGCCUCAGCUUUUGAUGCUAUUGAUGAUGGUGAUAAUGACGGUGGGGAGGAGGAUGAGCUGGUGGUUAGUUUUUCGGGUAAGAAGAAGCCAUCGAAGGGAUCGAAGAAAGGCAGUUCAUUCUCUGCCUCGGCCUUUGAUGAUGGGGAGGAGGUGGUGGAUAGUGGUGGAGGUGAGGAUGAACCAGCUAUUGCUUUUGCUGGGAAGAAGAAGUCUUCUAAAGGUGGCAGGAAGGGUGGUGUUGCUGCAUUUUCAGCAGCUAGUUUUGGUGAUAUUGACGAUGGGGAGGAGGCUAAGAAUGAAAAGGAGGAAGAUGAGGAUGGUGAGGACAUGCCAAUUACCUUCUCUGGUAAGAAAAAGAAGUCAUCAAAGUCUACGAAGAAGGCUUCAUUUAGUUCAGCUUUUGCCGAUGAAGAAGAUGAUUCUGUAGCUGAGCCUACUAGAGACGGUGAGGAUGAAGAUGAUGUUUUGGUUGCGUUUUCGGGUAAGAAGAAGUCUUCUAAAAAGAAAACUAGUGCCAAACCAUGUGAUGAAACUGUUGAGCCUGAGCAACCUAGUGUUGGAGUUAGUAGUGCAGAUGUUGACAACAAUGUAAAUAAGAGUGGAGUCACUGAAACCUCCAAAAAUAAGAAGAAGAAGAAAAACAAGAGUGGAAGAACUGCUCAAGAGGAGGAAGAUUUAGAUGCGAUUCUCGCGGAGCUUGGUGAGGGCCCUCCAAUAGCUAAACCUUCUGCUCCUCAAUCCCAGGAUGAUAAAGUUCAGCAGGAUGAUAAGGCUCAGCCUGCUUCGGAAUCAGGACCUGCUACUGAUGCUGCGGGUGAAAAGGAGGGGGAAGAGGAGACAGUAGAAUCAGCUGCUGCAAAGAAGAAGAAAAAGAAGAAGGAAAAGGAAAAGGAGAAGAAGGCGGCAGCAGCAGCAGCUGCAGCUGCUGGAACUGCAGUAGAAAAUGAAGCUAAAGAAGUUAAGGCCGAGCCUGCUGAAGCUAAGAAGAAUGAUUCAAAGGCCAAAGCAGUCGACAACAAGAAAAUACCCAAGCAUGUUAGGGAGAUGCAAGAGGCAUUAGCACGAAGGAAGGAGGCUGAAGAAAGGCAGAAGAAAGAAUUGGAGGAGAGGUUAAGGAAGGAAGAAGAGGAGCGACGUAGGCAGGAGGAACUUGAGAGACAGGCUGAAGAAGCUAGACGCAGGAAGAAGGAGAAAGAAAAGGAGAAGCUCCAGAGAAAGAAGCAAGAAGGUAAACUGCUAACUGGUAAGCAGAAAGAGGAGGCUCGCCGCUUGGAGUUAAUGAGGAAGCAGUUUCUUAAUAGCACAGGAGGUGUGACUGUCCCUGGUGGGGACUCUGGUGCACCAGCCAAAAGGCCUAUAUAUCAGACAAAGAAGUCGAAACCAACCCAUCAUCAGCAGAAUGGUGCUGCUGCCCCCGCCACCGCUGCGGUUGAGACGGCUGAAAGCCUUGAAGCAAAGGAAGAGACAGCCACUGAUGCAGGUUCAGACGAACCAGAAAAGGUUGAAGAAAACGUGGUAGAGCAGGUGGAGGAGAAAGUUGAACCUCUGGAAGCUGUUGAAGACAAUGGAGUAGAUGAUGAUGAAGAAGAGGAUGAAUGGGAUGCAAAAAGCUGGGAUGAUGUUAAUCUGAAUGCCAAGGGUGCAUUUGCUGAUGAAGAUUCUGAGCUUGUACCAGUUGCCAAAAAGGAGACAAAGACUGCUGUAACUAUGAACAAUGCUGCUGCAACAAAGAAAACAAUUUCUAAUCCUGUGACCGAAGAAAUUAUAGAUAGAAAGCUUGUUGCUGACAAGAAUAACUCAGAACCACCAAAAUCUGUUUUGCCAAGGGAACCUACAAAGCUUGCUCAGUCAAAAGAAACGCAAAAGUCCUCUGUGUCUCCUAAGCCGAGUGGAGAGAACCUCCGUUCUCCAAUUUGCUGUAUCAUGGGGCAUGUGGAUACUGGUAAAACUAAGCUGCUGGAUUGCAUUCGAGGUACUAAUGUUCAAGAGGGUGAGGCCGGUGGUAUCACACAGCAGAUUGGUGCAACAUACUUCCCUGCGGACAACAUACGUGAAAGAACUAAGGAGUUGAAAGCUGAUGCAAAACUAAAAGUUCCUGGUCUACUGGUUAUUGAUACGCCAGGGCACGAAUCAUUUACUAACUUAAGGUCUCGGGGUUCAGGGCUAUGUGAUAUUGCAAUUUUGGUUGUUGACAUUAUGCAUGGCUUAGAGCAACAGACAAUUGAAUCACUCAAUCUAUUAAAAAUGAGGAAUACAGAAUUCAUUGUGGCCUUGAAUAAGGUUGACAGGCUUUAUGGGUGGAAAACAUGUCGCAAUGCUCCAAUUAUCAAAGCGAUGAAACAACAAACCAAGGAUGUUCAAAAUGAGUUCAAUCACAGGCUCGUCCAGAUUAUUACUCAAUUGAAGGAACAGGGACUAAAUACCGAGUUGUAUUAUAAAAACAAGGAAAUGGGAGAAACAUUCAACAUUGUACCUACAAGUGCAAUAAGUGGUGAAGGAAUCCCUGAUUUGUUGUUACUAUUGGUUCAAUGGACCCAAAAAACAAUGGCUGAGAAACUUACUUAUAGUGAUGAAGUGCAGUGCACUGUCUUGGAGGUCAAGGUUGUUGAAGGCCAUGGAACUACUAUUGAUGUUGUUUUAGUUAAUGGUGUUCUUCAUGAAGGAGACCAAAUAGUUGUCUGUGGAAUGCAGGGGCCAAUUGUAACAACAAUUCGAGCUUUACUCACACCGCAUCCAAUGAAGGAACUCCGUGUUAAGGGUACAUUUCUUCAUCACAAAGAAAUCAAAGCUGCAAUGGGUAUAAAGAUCACUGCCCAGGGGCUUGAACAUGCUAUUGCUGGAACUGGUUUAUAUGUUGUGAAGCCUGAUGAUGAUUUGGACGAUAUUAAAGAAUCUGCAAUGGAAGAUAUGCGAUCAGUCAUGAGCAGGAUUGACAGGAGUGGUGAGGGAGUUUGUGUACAGGCAUCUACCCUUGGUUCUUUGGAAGCAUUGCUGGAGUUUUUGAAAACACCAGAAGUGAAUAUUCCCGUUAGUGGUAUAAGCAUUGGCCCUGUGCAUAAAAAGGAUGUUAUGAAGGCAAGCGUAAUGCUUGAAAAGAAACGAGAAUAUGCCGCUAUAUUGGCAUUUGAUGUCAAAGUCACUCCCGAGGCUAGGGACCUUGCAGAAGAACUGGGUGUGAAAAUUUUUAUCGCUGAUAUCAUUUAUCAUUUGUUUGAUCAAUUUAAGGCCUAUAUCGAUAACAUUAAGGAGGAGAAAAAGAAGGAAUCUGCCGAUGAGGCAGUCUUCCCAUGUGUUCUGAAAAUUUUACCAAACUGUGUUUUCAACAAGAAGGAUCCAAUUGUUUUGGGAGUUGAUGUUCUUGAAGGCAUUGCGAGGAUUGGGACUCCAAUUUGUAUUCCUUCUAGAGACUUCAUUGAUAUUGGCCGCAUUGCCUCCAUUGAAAAUAACCACAAGCCAGUUGAUUAUGCAAAGAAGGGGCUGAAAGUAGCUAUUAAGAUUGUUGGUAGCAAUCCUGAGCAACAGAAAAUGUUUGGGAGGCAUUUUGAGAUAGAUGACGAACUUGUAAGCCAUAUUUCUCGGAGGUCUAUCGACAUACUCAAAGCUAAUUAUCGGGAUGAUCUAAGCACUGAAGAAUGGAGGCUUGUUGUGAAAUUAAAGAAUGUUUUCAAGAUUCAAUGAGCAGAGACUUGUUUUGUGGGCACUGAAACAUUCAUUUCAGCACAAGAUGGUUUCUAUGAAUUAUUUCUGUACAAGACUUUGAAGGGUUCAUGUGAGGAAGUGGUUGGAUCCACCAUGGAGACCAAUAAAGAUGUUGCAAUGACUAAGAUAAGGAGCAUUGAAAGUAAAUGGUACAUGUUGCACUAGUGACUCCUUUACUUUGUCAUCCGGGAAGUUCAGGCUAAAAUGGUGAGAAAUGGUACGAUAUGAAGGUUCAAAUUUUGUGAAUUACUAUUUUAUAUAUAGGUUUGUGGUAUACACAGAAGCAAAAAAGGUCUACACAUUUUGAUAUAUUUGCUGAAGCUGACAAAUUGUUCUAAUCUGUUGCGAUUGUUCACUGAGGCGAAGCUAAAAUUUUACGGGAGUAAUUAUUGCGUGACUGAAGAAAUAAUCAGCUUUUGUUUCUGUGGCACUUGCUGUAAAAUUCUUGUUAUAUUUCCCUUUGUAUUUGAGACACACUUUUUUCCCAUGUGGAGUAUGAAAUUUUGUUUAUGUUUCUGAAUAUAUCAGCAUGUUUAUCAAA